UCUGGAGUCUGGACGCGGAAAAAAACAAAACGGAAAAAAGGGGCAGGACGAAGAAGCUCUUCGUCUUUCUCAGGCAAGCAGAGGGGGAGAUAGUGGGGAGAGGAAGGUACAGGGGAGGGGAUAAGCGCGACCGAGGCAACCCCGCCGAUCACGCCGGGAUUCUCCUUUUGCCUUCAGUAUUGGCUUGAGAGCCACCAUGAGUACCCAAGCUAAAGAAAAAUGUCCACUUUGCUUGGAGACGAUGGACUUGACAGAUAAAGAGCUGAAGCCUUGUAAAUGUGGAUAUGAGAUAUGUCUUUGGUGCUGGCAUCGUAUAAUGGAAAUGGAUCAGAAGGAUGAAUGUGGCGGGAGAUGUCCUGGAUGCCGUUCUAUCUACAACAAGGAUAGGAUUUUGGGGACAAGCAUCAGCAACCAAAUAUUAAAGGAAAUUUGUGCUGACAAAUCAAACUUGCAAAAAGAACAAACAAAGUCUCAAAAGCAGAAAUCAGCAAAAGUUCAGUCGAGAGCUGCAGAAGAACCAAUAGAUCCAAAUAUUGUCCGAGUAAUUCAGAGGAAGCUUGUUUAUAUUAUUGGGAUACCUUCUGAGUUAGCCAGUGACAGGGUGCUUAGGCAAAAGUGUUUUCUUGGACAAUACGGGAAAAUAGAGAACAUUAUUAUCGACAACAUUGGAGCUAACCAACAGAUUCCUGAUUCUGGCCGUGUAUAUGUUACAUUUUCAAGGGAAGAGGAAGCUGUCCUGUGCAUAGAGGCGGUUAAUGGUUACAUCUUGAAUGGAAAACCUUUAAAAGCAACCUUUGGUGUUACGAGAUAUUGUCAUGUAUGGCUAAGCAAUAAGGUUUGUCAAAAGCCAAACUGUUCAUAUGUGCACCAGAAAGCCUCAGCGGAAGAUAUUUGUACGAAAGACGACGUUGGUGUGCUGUGUGCAAGGCUUCAGCAUUUAUUGGGAAUGAAUAUGAAGGGUCCCCAACAGCGUUCAGGAAGCACUUUACCUUCUCCAGUUGACUGCAAUUCAAGAACCGCCAUUUGGGAUGGAAACUCCAAAGAAAAAAUUUGCGUGAAUGACGGCGUAGCACCACCAGGAGCUGGCAAUAAUAAUCCUGGUACUCUGCUAGCAGCAGUUCCACGGGAUUUAAGUGUUUCUUCUGGCAAGCUGUCAUCCAUUGUAAAUGCAAGUCUUCAUCAGCAGAAUAACCAUGAGAGCAUACUUACUAAUCAGCAAAAAAGAUCUGCUUCCAUAUCUCAAGAGCUACCACCACUUGGAUCGAAGGACUGCCUCGAUGAGCAGUUGGCUUCCAAUGAUGACAAAUUUCAAGCAUCUGUUCAUUUGGGAAAUGGAAUUUCAGAUUCUGAGCAAUUGGCCUCUGGAGUAAAUGGAACAGUUGACUCUUCAUGGCGAAAACCACACUAUGCUAACAUAGUUUCACAAGGACCAAGUGGACCAGGUCACCGCUUUACUGUACUUACCAGGGAGUUAACUUCUGCUGAUACAAGGUCUAAAGCUGCAGUACAAGUAGGUAGUUGGCUUUCAAAUUCCAAGAAACCUACUGUGCCAAAAGAUGAACAGAAUGACAGUCACAGAACUGGAAUUCCUAGAUCCCAGAGACCAGAGGAACCUUCCCACAGAUUAACUAACAAGCUGUCCUCAGCAACUGUUAAUUCCCACGCUGGAACAGAGGAAAAUAAUGCAUGCUCAGAUAUCAGGGAUAAUCCAGUCCAAGCAAAACUCAUGCAGAGCACUUCAUCAGCUAGUUCAACUGUAUUGCAGAGUCUGGGUGGCAGUCCUACUGUGCUCAGCAAUCUUUCAACUUCUGAUAACGUGUCACAGACAUCAGUUGGGCCAGAUAAGCUUUCAAAUCCACACAGAGUAUUAGCAGCUAAAAGUCAAUCUCAGAUCUUAUAUCAACCAAAGGCAGCUGCUUCAAACAAAAAUGUAGAUAGUACAUGUGAUUGUCCUAGCAUUCUCAACAGUAAUGCUGUGUCCACUGAGGGUAAACAUCAAACUCCAGCACAAGGAGGGGGUCACGGCUUGGACACUGGGAAAUCAACUGUGCCAGGAAAUCAAAUUUCAUCUCAGUAUAGUAAUAACAUUCGGUUACCAAGAUCAGUCAGUAUACUUUCUUCUGCUGCUAUGUUGGCCAAGGAUAUUAAAGGAAGAAAAAGACAAGUUUGUCCUCCAGGAUUUGAGGAGAUCCACCGGUCUUAUGAUUCAGGCAAGUAUGUAUCUACGCCUGAUGCCCUGGUACAAGAUUCAUGCUCUAUGACAGACCAACCAGGCAUCAUUAGCUGGGUUUCGGAGUGCCUCGAAGAUGAUGGAGAUACCAAACAAAGUAACAGUGUGAGCAUAUCUUCCACGCUCAGUUCCACUGAUACCAUCUGGAGACCCACACAGCUUCCUGGCUCUGGUUUUGGUACAUCAAAUCAAUCUCUAUUAUCUCCAUACCGAGGUGGCAUGUUGCAGUCCAUGGGUGAGGUUCAAAACCCCAUGAGAUGCUGCUGCACCUUCCCGGCCAUAAGCGGCAGACCAACUCAAAAGUCCGAAUACCGGAAUGGAAGUGCCAAUAGCUACAUGGCCCCUGGAGGAUAUGAUGCAUUCUGCCAAACCACAUCAGGAAGUGCCAAUAGCUACAUGACCCCUGGAGGAUAUAAUGGAAGUGCAGAUGCAGGCUUGAAUAGUGCACAGGUCGACCUUUCAUACCCCAUGUACACCCUCUUCUGAUGACAGGGCAAAAGUAUGUCUUGCAGCCUUAACAAUACAGACGUACAAGUGACAAGCAUACAUGCUAACCUAGCUGGCAAAAUGGUGGAUGAUGGCGACAAUGGUCGUUGAGAAUGCAUAGUGUCUGCUGAAUCCUGUAAAGAUCAAACUUAGAACUCAUGUAAACAACAGUUAUGUUGCAUGACCAAUCAGUGAAAAUUUGGCGAAUAGCCGUUGAUGGUUCUGUACUGGUGUAGUACAUGUGUUGUUCUUUUCUUCUGUUC